GCAACUUGACUCAGGCGAGAGAGACGGAGAGAGACAUCUACUCACACCAGGAGAGCUCUGUACCUGCAGCCAUGGGCAUCAAACUCUACUACACCACCGUGACUGCCUCCCGCACGGUAAAGUCCCAACAGGCAGAAGUGAUGCGAAUCCUUGACAGUAAAAGCAUCCAGUACGAGCUCAUCGACAUCUCUGUGGGCAGGGAUGUGUGUGACGAAAUGAGAAGCAAAGCAGGAAACCCCGCCGCCGUUCCUCCACAGCUUUUCAACGAGGACCAGUACUGUGGGGACUACGAGAUGUUUUCCGAUGCGGUGGAGGCGGAUACAGUGGACCAAUUUCUGAAGCAGGCGUGAGGAAAGGCAUGAGUGUGAUUUUCGGUCUUAACCCCAUUUCCCCCCCCCAACCACACCCUGUGCCCUAAAGGAGGCCCUGUAUCCAGUCUCUCUCUGCACCACCGGCAGUAUCCACUCACUUUCAAUGCCAUAAAGAAGAAUGCCAAAUAUCUAACUAAUCAGAAGACACACAUUCCCCUUACUGCACCAUUAGACUAACUCUUAAUCUGUUUCUUUUUCUUGUUUGAUUUCUUUCUGACCUUUUUUCCGCCUGUUCUGGCAGACUAGUGUUACUAAGUGCUCCUAGUCCACUAGGAAUCAGCGGGGCGUCUAAAUGUGCGGUAAUUAGGUUGACUAAUUUUGGCCGCGGCCACAUGAUCGCUGGAGAUUAAACUAAUCCACUGGAUGACAACGUUCAACCCAGAAACUUUCUGAUCCUCUGCAGACCAAACGCACACAAUCAUCACUCAGUCUUAAACUACUUUUCUCGUCUUUUUUUGGUUCGGUAGCCUUCGAGUUCCCAUGUUUGUACAUGACCGCACACAUUAUUUUUUACUUCACGUGGAUGCAAAUGCACUGGGAAGUAGCAAGGACUGUAACGUCCUUAAACCUAAUUAAUCGUGAGACUUAUGGCUGCUGAAAAAAAACUGUUUUUGCGUAGACAGCUUUUUGUAAUUUUGGUCCAUUGGUCACUUCAUGCAAUAUUUGAGAAAAGGUUUGGUUCUGAAGUGGGAACCCUUGACGUUUUUGUACCCAUCUGAUCUGUUUCGAGGGGCGUAAAUGCCAACACAACUCAAAACAUUUUUUGACAAAUAUUAAAAGUACAAAUUACUUAAAUUGAGCCACAAGCUAGUGCUGUUACACAUUAAAGGUAUGCUCUAUUUUUUUUGUUGUAAACACACAUUCAAGCAUCUUGGGUACAUUUUCCUUCCUUACAUUUGCAAAGCUGAUUUAAAAAAUACAUUUAAAAAACGUGUAUUGUUUACAUCCAUUUUUCUUCUUCCUCUCUGACUUUUUGAACACACUGUUACUCUCACUGUUACUCUUCUUUGCUCGUUACCGCCAUCAACUGUCACUCUGUGUAGGCUGGCAGGACUGUGUAUCGCCUGUGUGAACAAAAUGAACAAAGCGAACAAAGCAAGGACCUAUUUGUAAAACCUUCUGUCAGUAGCGCUACUAGUGAUCAAAAAAUCCAAAGGGUGCCUUUAAGCUAAGUGGUGUUAAUGUCUAACAAAGAAAAAUCAAAAAAAGGCACAUAAUCUACAAACUUCUUAAGAAUAUAUUGGCAAUAUUCACCUGUAAACAGUAGUUUAGUAAGGUAUCAGUGUACUUUACCAUCAGCCAAUAAUAUAUUCCCUAAUAAUAUACAUAAAAUAUCAGAUUGCAGCCAACUGAAACUUCUCCCUUGUGUUAAACAUUUAGGUGGCUGAUACGAAAAACGCAAAUGGCGAUCUCUAGAGUCAGUGUUUGGUUUGUCCGCUCUAGGCUACUGUAGAAACACGGCGUCUGGCUCUGUGAAGAGGACCUGUUAGAUACAAACAGCUUAUUCUAUGGUAAUGAAACCACAAAGUGAUUAUACACUCUAGAAAACCUACCUAUUAAUAAUAUAUUCCAUUUCCGCCAAUAUAUUCCCCUAAAUGGUACACAGUUUCUUUAAGUAAUCAUUUGUGAACGGUUGUAGUACAAUAAGGUUGUUCCCCAUGUAUUGUAUGAGGUAUUAUUAACAUACUGCAGUUGAAAUAAACACAUUCCAUUCAUCUAUUUAUGUACAUUUUACUGCAUAGGCAACAAAAAACGGAUUCAGUAUUCCCCAAGCAGCAUAUUGUUCAGUGUGGAAACAUUAUAUCUUAAUGAGAGGAAAUCUGAUUUACAGGAAACAUAAUUGAACAGGUCAAAUAAUAGUUAUAUGAAUAGAAUAUGAAAAAUCCAAAUAAGGAGACAGUUGUCUCUCUUUAGAUUUGUGACGAUGGUCACCAAUGGACCAAAGUUAUUAAACGCUUGGUAUUCAGUGGUUGAACAUUUCAGUAGUUAGCUGCUUAAUUUCAGCACCCAGUGGAGCAGGACGGACACAUUCCUUUCACGUUCGGUGCCAACAUAUAUAUCUGUAAUGGUGGAUUUUCACUGUGGUAUUAGCACUUACCUGCCAUCUUCUACGUUUUCCAUAAUCUGCAUAAUUUAGAAGCUUUGUUUGAGGACUGACUGACGGCAAACACUUCAUUCCACAUGGAUUGUAACUGAUAAGACUGAAGCUAUGUGAGUCUUCUAGCGUUCCACCUCGUAGCCUGUCAUUCCUCCUGUUUAUUCAAUGUUUCCGUUUGGCUGACUGUCCUUGGGCAUGAAGAUGCAGUAAUGUGACUAUGCACUGAAAACCUGCCUCAUUCUGAACACGGACAUAAAGGUUGAAGCUGUUGUGUUUAAAAGUAACCCUAACCACAUGGGAAAAAUGAAGGCUUCACUUAUUUGCAGUCACUUAUAUGUAUGUGUAUUCGUUCAGUUAUAUAUAAUGUUCAUGUUUUGGGUUACUUUUGUUUUUUUUAAUCGAGAACAACAUGGUUUCCUUCUCUUACUCGUUACUUCUGUCAACCCCCCUGCUUUAAAAAUGUGUUGCAGUUUGGGUAAAGCCUUCGCACACAAUGUUUGUGCACUGUUUUUUGUAAGGUGAUGGUUGUAGAUGUUUGCCUGUUAUUGAUGUUUAUUCAUUAUGAAUCAUGUUUUAGACAUUCCAUGUCUCUCUCUUGAGCUCCUGCUUUGCUUUUGGACCAAUUACCUUUGGCCAAAAAAAAAAAAGAACAAAAAAAAUAAAAUAGGGAAUAAAAUGCUGUUGUCUUCCAAGAAGAUUGUGAAAAAAUGAUUUAUGGGUGAACAAAAAUGAAUAAAAUGGAGUUGAAUCUACAUGUCUGGAUGUUUAUUUAUUUUUUUAUUCAUCCAUGGGACCUAACCAGAAAAAAAAGUAUGUUUAAAUCAACUCUGGCAU